AUGGUGUUACUUACAAUGAUUGCCAGGAUAGCAGAUGGACUACCGCUUGCUGCGACAAUGCAAGAGGAUGAGCAGAGUGGGAAAAGCAUACUGGAGUAUCAGAACCAAGCCAAAAUGUUGUUUAGAAAAUUAGGACCUCAGUCUCCGGCUAGGUGUACUAUAGAAACUGGUCCUUAUCUCUUUCAUUAUUUGAUCGAGAAUGACGUGUGUUAUUUGGUACUUUGUGAAAGAAAUUGGAGCAAACGUCUGGCUUACAGUUAUUUAGAAGAUAUUGCACAAGAAUUUUAUGCACAAAAGCUAAAAAGUCUUUCUCCGAUGGAAGGUCAAGGAGAAAUAUGA